CAGAAAGACUUCAAAAUAUUUAACAAUAUAUCAAAGGAGUUCAGUUUACUCCGGGACUCCGAGCUGAAAGGUGCGGAGAACUAUACCCCGUACCAACACAGGUAUUCUGAUCUGCUGAGCAGAGCUUACCCAUUAUGGACCGCUCGAAGUUGCAGAAGCCGCAACCUCCGCCGCGCUACGAGCCGGAAAUCCAGCCGGUCAAUGGGAUCGUCCAGCCGCCGGUCAUUCCGCCGCCGAAUCGUCCUGGCCGCCAGACCAAUGUGCUGGAGGAUCUCAAGUCGCUGGUGAACUGGAUCUUUCGCCAUCGGUGCUCGGUGUUCUUUCGCAAUCCCGUGGAUACCGUGUCCUUCGCCAUUCCGGACUAUCAUAAGAUGAUCAAGCACCCGAUGGACUUGAAUACGAUCAAGAAGCGUUUGUGCAACAACUACUACUGGCAGGCGGAUGAGGCGCUGCACGAUUUCGAGCUGAUCUUCGAGAACUGUUUCUUUUACAACAAUGAGGCGUCCGAGGUCUAUCAGGCGUGCAAGGAGCUGAAGAGCAUCUUCUACAGUCGACUGGCCUUGAUCGAUCGGAGCAAUGAGUCUGAGCUGCCGCCCAAGGUGGAGAAGCGCAAGAGAAAGGCUGCCGACGCAUGCGAACCGUUUCCGGCUUCUACGGCACUUGCCCCCAGGGGUUCAAGCCAUUUUCCAGCACCCUUGCCUGGUAGUCGGCUAAAAGGGUGCUCUACCCCCAAUCCGGAACAGCCUUUUUCAAAUUUCGUGAUGCCAAAGCUUAUGCAAGAUACCUUGAUCAAUCCCCUGACUGCCACUCUUCCGUUUCCACCUCAAUUUAAGGAUUUCCAUCAAGUAUCCGUGGAGAGUCAUUUACAAAUGGAGCUGACAGAGGGGGAUAGUCCGCCAAGUGUUCAUCGCCCCCCGAUUACCCACCGCCCAAUUGUGCUGCCGCCGCCCCUGACUACGGCUCCACUCGAACCCAUUAUGAAGGCGCCAUCUCCACCGCCGGCUCUACGUGAACCUUCGCCACCAAAACCGAAACCUCCGGUUGUUAUAUGCUACAAGUCACUGGACCGAUUGAUUGAGAUGAGCCACUGCGUCCAUCUCCUGAAGUCCAUGGUGAAGCGGAAGCGCAAGGAGUUCACAUGGCCGUGCAACCAUGCGGACUACUGGAAGAAAUACUCGCAGAAUCCCAACUACAACCACGAUAAGGAGGAGAAGCUGGAUUGGAACGUACUCAGGCAACGUCUGGACCGUGGUGAUUUCGAGAGCUUCGAUGGCUUCCUGAGCUCGGUGCGAAGGAUGUUCCAGAAUGCUUUGCGCUGCUUUCCGGAAGGUGACUUGGUGAAGACAGCGGUGAAGAGGUCCAGCGAGGUCUUCGAGAGCAGGCUGCUCAAGUACAGGGAACUGAUAGCCACGGCCAAGGAAAAGGCCCGGGCUCUGGUGGAAGGCAAGAAGGAUGAUAGGGAAGCAGCAGAAACCAAGGGCGGCCAGUUGAAAGAGUACGAAUUGGAAAACCGCCAAGGCUUUAUCAAAAUGCAUCCUAUAGAUGAUGAUUCCGACUAAAAAUACCAAGGAAUUCUGCUAGUUUAAUAAUCAAAUAUUCCAAUUAAAUAAAUAUUUGUGUUAAUGAGCA